AUGAGCAUCAACCGGCACAGUGGCGGCGGCUCCAACAUCCUCCGGGGCGGGAAGCGGUCGUACGAGUGCGGUACGCUCGUGGGCAACUUUGUCGAGGAGUCGCACCGGCCGGGCGUGCCCAGGCAGGCGAAGGGCCUCUCGUCGGCCAUGUACGUCACGUCGACCCAGGACCAGAUGAACCACGGCGCGCCGCGACCGGCCUUUGGCGCCGGCCUCCAGCCGAGCAUGAACCCGCGCUACGACUAUGGCAACAUUGUGGGCGCGGACCGUGACGCGUCGCCGUCGACGUGGAUCUCGCUGCAGCGGUCCACGCACGCCAACAGCGCGACGCCGACCGA